GUGGACCAGGGCAGUACCCCUGACGCCUAGCGCGCCCCAUUUUCUAUCUCUUCGGCUGGGAAGCGGCUGCGGCGACCUGCACGGCGGUGGGCCGUUGGCAGCGCCGACCUCACCGGAGCUCCUUCCCCAUCCCGCUACCCCGUCGUCCCGCCUGCAGGUUGUGAGCCAACCAGUAUAUUGUGAAUUGCAAUUGACGAGAAGUCUUUUGGCCACAAUGGCUCUAACGCUUCUCCGAGGGAUCAGAACUCCAACUUUAUUUAGAACGAAUGUUGGUUUGUUCUGUACCGCUCGACAUCCUCCACUGGCCCACUUCACAACUAGGGCAGGGGGUAUGCAGACUACUGAGCCUAAAGCAGCACCGAAAUCAAUUCAACAGGCUACCAAGGAGGCGGCGGAGCAUAAGACAAGAGGUUUUGAAGCGGUUAUUGGAAUUGAGACCCAUGUCCAGCUCUCGACCAUUACAAAGGCAUUUUGCUCCUGUCCAUACAACUAUGGCUCCCAGCCAAACAGCACUGUCUGCCCCACCUGCAUGGGCCACCCUGGGACAUUGCCGGUUCUUAAUGCUAAGGUUGUUGAUUGUGCAGUGAAGCUGGGCCUCGCUCUCAAUUGUGAGAUCUCUAUGACAUCCAAGUUUGAUCGCAAGCAGUACUUCUAUCCGGAUCUGCCCAAGGGGUACCAGAUUUCACAGUUUGACAUUCCCAUUGCUGAGAAAGGUUACCUUGAUUUGGAUCUUCCAGUGGAGUUUGGUGGUGGUCACAGGCGUUUUGGAAUCACAAGGGUUCAUAUGGAAGAAGAUGCUGGCAAGCUGCUUCAUUCUGAAUCCGGGAGUUACUCUCAGGUUGACCUAAAUAGGGCCGGUGUUCCUUUGCUUGAGAUUGUCUCAGAGCCAGAUAUGAGGACAGGGAUAGAGGCUGCUGAGUAUGGUGCUGAGAUACAAAGGCUUGUUAGGUACCUAGGAGUGGGCAAUGGUAACAUGCAGGAAGGUUCCCUUCGUUGUGAUGUGAAUGUAUCUGUUCGGCCCAUUGGGCAACCAGAAUUUGGUACAAAGGUUGAAGUAAAGAAUAUGAACUCAUUUUCUGAAAUAAGUAGGGCAAUAGAUUAUGAGAUCUCCCGACAGAUUCUUCUUCAUAAAGAAAGCCAGGCUGAUCAAAUUGUACAAGAAACCCGGCUGUGGGAUGAAUCUUCUCAGAAAACAUUUACAAUGCGAAAAAAGGAGGGACUUGCUGACUACAGAUAUUUUCCUGAGCCUGAUCUUCCUGAAGUUGUUCUCACUAGUGAGUACAUAGAUGAAAUUCGCAACUCAAUGCCGGAGCUUCCAGAGGCAAAGCGUAGGCGUUAUGAGAACAUGGGACUCAGCAUGCAAGAUGUUAUUUUCCUUGCUAAUGACGAUAACGUUGCUCAUUUCUUUGAUGCUACACUUGAGCGUGGUGCUGAUGCAAAGCUGGCUGCCAAUUGGAUCAUGGGUGACAUUACUGCUUAUCUGAAGAAUGAAAAACUGUCUAUUGAUGAGAUUAAAUUAACACCUCUGGAGCUUUCUGAGCUGAUUGCAUCCAUAAAGAAUGGAACUAUCAAUGGGAAGAUUGGCAAGGAGAUUCUGGUUGAGCUCAUUGCCAAAGGCGGAACUGUAAAGUCUGUGAUAGAGGAGAAAGAUUUGGUUCAGAUAGCAGAUCCAGCAGCAAUUGAAGCCAUCGUAGAUCAAGUACUCGCCGACAAUCCAAAGCAACUUGAGCAGUAUCGGGCUGGGAAAACCAAGUUGCAGGGAUUUUUUGCUGGCCAGGUGAUGAAAGCAUCGAAGGGUAAAGCAAGUCCUGUUUUAUUGAACAAAAUCCUAGCCGAGAAGUUGAAGGGCAAUCAGUGAGAGGGUUUCAGCACAUGGAGAAUAUCAAGUAGUUCUACUGGAAACACAUUUUUUUAAGGGGGGGAAGGUUGAAAUUAUCUCCAAUUCUGGUUUUGUAGCUCUUUAUUUCUUACUUUGAAUGUGGAAUGUGAUUCCACCUUCCCUCUAUUUUCCUUGGCAAACGAAUUUUGUAAGAACAAUACACUUACAUAAUACAAAAAUGAAUGAUAUAUGUGUUCGAGCUGAUAAUAAAA